AUGGCGGAGAGGACGGCCGACCAGCGGAUACGCACCACGGAGUGGGAGGACAUUCAGUACAGGCACGGCAACCGGGUCGGGAAGUACGCCACCAACGAGCUCGAGAUACUUGCGCAGAAGAUUGCCGACAAAAACGUCGACACGUGCCUCAAGGCGUAUGAUCCCAACGAGGAACGCGUGCGGGACAAAAUGGAGCGUGGCGGGUACGACGCGGAGCUGCAGCUGGACGUGCCCAACACGGAGGGUAACGAGGCGGUGGACACUAUUAUCGAUGACGACGACGAUGACGAGGCACUUCUGGCAUUCCGCCGGAAACGCCUGGCGGAGCUGCAAAAAGAGCAGGAGGCACAGCGAUUUGGUGUGCUUCGUCACGUAUCGGGGUCAGACUACAUGGCUGAGGUGACAGAGGCCUCUGCGGCUCACUGGGUUGUUGCGCUGCUAAUUAAGCCGGGACAUAGUGACUGCGAGACGCUGCUUUCUGUCAUGCGUGUGGUGGCGCAGCGUCGUCGGAGCGUGAAGUUCCUUUCGAUGAUCUCAACUGAGGCGAUAAAAAACUUUCCGGAACGGCAUCUUCCCUGCGUCCUGCUUUACAAUAAAAAACGGUUGCAACAACAGCUGACAGAGCUCACGCCUUGGAGAGCAAAGAACAAACUACUCUCAGUGGACUCCGUGGAGCGUGCUCUGCACCGCUACGGUGUCCUCGCGGGUGAGGAGUUUGAUGCCGAGGAGGAGGAGGAGGAUUGA